AUGAAGAACCAACGCGAUAAGCUACGACAAUACCAGAAACGCAUCACAGUCAUAACCGCCCGCGAAACCGAGAUUGCCCGCGAAUGUCUUGCAAAAGGAGACAAAGACAAGGCGCUCCUCGCCCUGCGCCGGAAGAAAUACCAGGAAUCCCUUCUGUCCAAAACCGACGCGCAACUGGAGCAGCUGGAGAAAUUGACCAACAGCGUCGAGUUUGCGCUGGUGCAGAAGGACGUCUUCUUUGGUAUCCAGCAAGGCACGCAAGUGUUGAACAUGAUCCACAAGGAAAUGGGAGGGUUGGAAGGCGUGGAGAAGAUGAUGGCAGAUACAGUAGAGGCCCGGCGGUAUCAACAGGAAAUCAGCGAGGCUUUGGCAGGGCAAAUGUCAAACGAAGAUGAGGACGAGGUUGAAGACGAACUGGAGGCCAUGGAAAGGGAGGUCUCCGGCGUCAACGCAUUACCUGACGCGCCCAACAAGACUGUUGUAGGUGAAGGGACUCUACCGGAAGCGCCUAAGACCGAACUAGAGGUGGAACAGCAGAGGAUACAAAAACAAAAAGAAAGAGCUCGGCAAAGAAGGAUGGCAUUGGAGGCUGCUUGA